AUGGAUGAACAAAGCAUCAGGUCGUCGCAGCGCGUAUCCCGAUCGUGCAUCGAGUGCAGCCGAAGGAAGAUCAAGUGCGACAANAAGAUACCGUGCAAGCCAUGUGUGCGCCGGAAUCUUGCUCACGAAUGCCAGCGGCCCAUCACCCGCGUUCGGGGCAUGCUUACAGUGUACGUCCAGGCUUCAACACUGCGUCGUGGAACUGUCCAUGUGAACACGUCCAUACCCGCAUUUGAAGAACUUGUACCCGCGCUCGAGCAGUUCGAUCUCCAAGUGUCGCAUGACUCGGAUCCUGUCGCCAUGUCGGAGAAAGACAUGGCCGACCGUCUGUACGAACCCUCGACCGAUCCUGUCUUCCUCCUGCUGCCCUCAAGAGAAAUCAGCGAACAACUAGUGACAUUUUCUCUUCGCACCCUCGGCUGGUUGCAUGGCGCUGUCAACGCGCCCGAGUUUGUUACGGAACAUCAGGAGUUUUGGAACAAAAUACACAGCGGCGUUACUCUCGACGUCAAAGACCGGCCAUGGUUGGCACUAUAUUUUGCUAUACUGUCAACAGGUCUACUCUACCUCGACCCAGAAGAAGUGCCUGCUAUAUCCGAUCUGCCACAACUCAAUCUCCAUCAGUAUCAACAGCAUGAUGAGAUGAGGUAUGCUGUUCACACGUCGCGUCUUUGGUACGAAAUUGCGCUCAAGGAGGUCGAACGUUACGGUUGCUCUGGAACACCUUCUUUGCGGAUCGUACAGGCCUUGUCGGUACUGACUCUUUGCCACUCCAAUUUUGGCGAGCCUCAGCGAGAGUGGCUGUUCACCGGAUGGGCCGCCAGUAUUGCACGUUGUCUUGAUAUGCAUCGUCUGGGCAGAAGUUGGUCUCGCCCGCCAUCCAUCACACCGGCUAGUUUCUGCUGCAAAUUUUCGACCGAAAACGAAGCCAAUCAUGAUGCGAUCCUUGAGACUCCCACACACACUUCCAGCCCGUCUCCUCUGGUCUAUCAGUCCGUCAUGUGUCGCUUGUCCUACAUUUUCUACAUUUACAUCAAAGUCAACACCCAUCAAAAUGCUUCUAAAUUCAUCAAAGCAUUGGAAGAAAUUGAGAUCGUCAAGCGAAAUUUACCCCUACACUUGUCGACAAAGUUCCCUGCGAACAUCGACGAUGAGGAAUGGGAAGCUACACAUCCUUGGAUCACUUUCCAGCGUUAUCUGAUCAACCAUGGCAUUGAGUUCAUGAUGCUUAGCAUUGCGCGCACUUUGGCCAUGGGCAACAUUGGCAGCGAAUCGACUCGUUACCGCGAAGCAGCCAUGGCAGCAGCCACAAAUAUCAUCCACAGCUACCUGGCUCCGGUCGCGCGAGUGUACAAGCUUGUGUGGACAGUUUCCGCCUCGACUGUGGCUGCCGCGGUUUACACCUCCCUCGAUAUUCUGAUGAAUCCCCAAGACUACACACCUCAGAAGCGGCAGGAACAUAUUGCCAUCCUUAAGCAGGUUAUUCAGGAGCUCAGCAAAUACUCUCAUGUCGCCAUUCACGCAGCCAAGGGCUCAGCUACAAUUCAGAAGCUCAUCUCUCGUCUCGAACAAGACUUUUCGAUGUCUCAUCUUUCGGUCCACGAUAUACUGCGACACCUUACGACUCAAGAAAUGCCAUCGACCUCUGCUGCAGGUGUCGCAAAUGGUUACGUCUUGCCAGCUCAAAGUAUACCGGUUCCUGUCGACGGCUGGAACGAAAUGAUGGUUGGACAUGACAUGAACAUCUCGCACAUGGAUCAAGGACACAUUGAUGGCUUGCUCGGUCCGUCGGACACGUGGAACAGCUUCAUGGAGUUUCCAACAUUCCAGUCGCAGUCUCAGCACCAACACCAACAUCAACACCAGCAACAACACUAUGAAGGAUGA